AAACCUAUUAUCAAACAUAUGUCCUACGCAUGCUACACUGUCUAAUUGUAAUGUACUUCUGCUAGGUUAUUCAAAUAUAUCAAACCUCUUUAGUAUAUGAUUAAUGUAAUUAUACUAUGCCUUUACCUGCUAAUGACCAUUUUUGUUUAUUUUCUUCCGACAGCACAAAAUGUAUUGGAUAGCAGAUGUCAAGCCUAAUGAAGAACCCAUACCACUACGAAUCAGAGUUAUCAAAAAGUGGAAAACACGCACUACUGAACAAGAUUUAUGCUAUCUGUUUGUAGACAGACAUGGAGAUGCUAUAGAGGCAGUAGCCGACCCAAGGAAAGAACAAUCUCUAGAUGCCAAAAUGACAGUAAAUCUAUGCUACACUGUAACUGGAUAUGUUGCACUCCCAGCCAGAAAAUCCAGGAGGGUGGUCCAGCAUGACGCAUCUGUACGUCUCGGCGACACAUCCCUCUUCGAACCUCUCUGUGACCUAGACAUCCCAUCCUACUUUUAUGAUUUUGCUACAUACGACAUCCUCCUGGCCAGAAAAUUAAACCCAAAACAAUUAAGCGACUAUAUAGGUCGUGCUGAGACAAUAUCUCCUCCACUAAUCCGAAAAGCAAAAAGAAUAAAAAAAGUUAAAAUACAAGACCAAUGGGCAAACAUAAUGGAGAUCACUUUUUGGGAUGAAUCCAUUUUCCCAUAUCAGAAAGAGGAAGCAGUUGGCAAGGUUCUAGCAGUUACUGCUACAUUGGUAACUGAAUAUCAAAACAACUUGCAGUUGGAAACUACAGAGGCAACAUCAGCGUUCCUCAACCCGCAAAUCCCAAAUUUACAAAGUAUAACUGACAGAUUCAAUCAGCUCAAACACCCAACAGAUGUGCAACAAAACCAACAAACCAUGUCCAUCCAUCAAAUAGUAAACAAGUUCAAAGAAGAUCCAAUGCAUAACAAGUUUACCUACACAGCAAAUGUCACAGAAAUCACAUUGCACCGAAAGUGGUACUAUGUUACAUGUCCGCGUUGUCCAAAAAAAUUAUUCCUACAAAAAGGAAUAAUCCCACGGUUUGUAUGUGAAGACGAUGGCUAUGUUCCUGAACCAAUUUUCAUGUAUUGUGUAAACACAACAAUUGCAGAUGAAAGUACAAAUGCAAAAGCUAUAUUCUUCAAUGAUGCCAUGACACAAAUGCUUGAAAAAAGUUGCCACGACAUGGUCAUCACACAUGGACAUUCAGACCCGGACAUAAUUCCUUCAGAAAUACUCGACAUACGAGGAAAAACUAUGGUCUUCGAUGUUGCUAUGAAGAAGGACGGAACAAUGGCAAUUAACAAGGCAAUACCACAAACGGCACUCGAACCGGUAACACCAAAUCCCAAGGCAAUAGUAAAAAGACAUCCGCCAUCAUCACAGGCACUUGACAUGCCGCGUAAACAAAAGAAAUGUUAGAUACAACUGUAUGGAUUUUGAUGCGUACCAAAGGAGGAAUUUUGACAACGACAAACAAGAGAUGGAUCUGUGCUCCUCAAUCAUAGGAUAAGGCCAAAAGAAAAGAGGCAGCACCUUUUGUAUUUUGCAACUAUAUCCUAUAAUUGUAGUUAAUUGUCGUAUCGUUUCGUACCUCCCGAAACUGCAAGUAACUUUUUAAAUGUAUGAAUGUAUAUAACUUCUAUAUACUUCCUAUAUAAUUCUUUGUCCA